CGUCGAAAGGCUUGCCGGCCUUUGAAUUCCAGAGUUUCUCCAACGUGAACAAAAAGUAACCUUGCGCUCUAAAAUUUAAAGUAUAAUUUCGUUUGGUGCGGUUUAGAAUUCUAGAGAAACUUGCGAAACAGUGACCCCCGGUGUAGUGUGACAAUGAAUGAAGACAAUUCUGUCAGUGAUGAUUUAAAAAGGCAGGCGGCUCUGUUUUAUAACUCAACGGAAAGGGACAGAAUCAAUGAGGUAAGGAGCACUAGAACAUCAUGGCGGUUUUGGGAGAAGAGGCGGCUGGUUGUGGCGCUUCUGGCCUUCUUCGGCUUCUUCAACGUGUACGCGCUGAGGGUCAACCUGUCAGUAGCUGUGGUCGCUAUGACGGAACCCGUCGAAGUCGAACUGGAGAAUGGAACUAUAGUUUACGUUCCAGAAUUUGACUGGUCGUCCACAACGAAGGGAUGGGUGCUGAGCUCAUUCUUCUACGGCUACCUAGUGACGCAACUUCCGGGCGGUUGGCUGGCAGCUAAAAUCGGAGGUAACAGAAUGUUCGGGAUAGGCAUCGGAGCUACAUCUCUGCUGACACUGUUCACUCCGCCGCUAGCGCACACCAGUACAUCAUUGCUGAUUGCGGUGAGAGUCGUCGAAGGUCUUUUUGAGGGCGUAACGUAUCCUUGCAUCCACGCAGUUUGGUCGCGCUGGGCCCCUAGUGAAGAGAGGGCUCGUCUUGCCACGUUCGCUUUCAGCGGGAGCUAUGUGGGCACCGUGGUGUCUAUGCCGAUCUGUUCUAUGUUGGCCCAUUACACCGGCUGGCCGGGGAUAUUCUACGUUUUUGGAAUUGUUGGCUUAGUUUGGACUACAGUAUGGUGGCUGGUGGUUAAGGAAUCGCCAGAAAAAGAUCCCCACAUAACAGCUGCUGAGUUAAAAUAUAUACAGGAGUCUCGAGGAUCUAUAGCGGUGGACGGGUCGCAGAUUCGGCACCCUUGGCUGGCGAUGCUGUCUUCCGGACCGGUCUGGGCCAUUGUCAUGGCGCAUUUCAGCGAAAAUUGGGGUUUUUACACCUUACUGACCUUCCUACCUACUUUUAUGCAAGAUGUCUUCAAGUUCCAAACAUCAGCGACCGGUUGGCUGUCGGCUGUGCCAUACUUGGCAAUGGCCGUGGUGCUACAAGUGGCGGGUCACAUGGCCGACUGGAUGCUACAGAUGCAGCUAUUGUCGCGGACUAACAUACGGAAGCUGUUCAACUGCGGUGCUUUUCUGGCCCAGACUAUAUUCAUGGUAGCGGCGGCCUACGCUACGUCGAUCGUCGGCUGCGUUAUAUGCCUCACCAUAGCUGUUGGACUCGGGGGAUUUGCCUGGUCUGGAUUUAGUGUAAAUCAUUUGGACAUCGCUCCGCCGCACGCGAGCGUUUUAAUGGGACUUUCGAACACGAUUGCAACACUGCCUGGCAUCAUAAGUCCACCCCUUGCGGGAUCUAUAGUCACUGAUAAGACAGCAGAACAAUGGCGUAUAGUGUUCUUUAUAUCCAGCGCGAUCUACUUGCUGGGCGCGAUAGUUUACGGCGUGUUCUGCUCCGCGGAGAAGCAGCCCUGGGUGGUCGAAGUGGACAGUGACGCCAGCUUCGACACAGAUGGCGCCUCCGUCACCACGGCCAGGGGAUACGACAAUAAGGCCAUGGACCACAGCUCCGAGAUGUAGAACAUUUAUAGUCUAUGGCACAGAAUUAAGAACAUACAGAAACCGUGUACACGACUAAUAUAGAAGCAUAGUAACUUUAGUAGUGUUUCUCGAAC